CGACUUUCAAAUCCCUAACUUGGAGGGCAUAUACAACAUUACAUUAUCGAACUGCUGUGAAUAUUUUUGAUAAAUUUCCAUUUAAUAUUAAUUAAAACACAAUGACUGGAGUCAUGGAUACAGUAGAAAUGCCAAAAUUACCAGAAAAUCAAAAGUCCUUUGCUGGAAUACCUGAGGCAGUAUUUUUAGAGGAAAUCGAUAGUUUUAUGAGCCAGCCCGAAAAUGAGGAAAACUGCGAAAAAGUCUUGCAACGUUUGGACGAGCAACACAGUAAAUAUAGAUUUAUGGCCUACAAUUUAGAAGCACGUAAACGCAAGCUUAAAUCUCAAAUACCCGAUUUGGAGAGAUCUUUGGAGAUGAUAGAUGUAUUGCGCAAAGAGACUGAAGAACGUGAAACACAAUUUCUACUAAGCGACCAGGUCUUCAUCAAGACCAUGGUGCCACCCACUAAAACAGUCUGUUUAUGGUUGGGCGCUAGCGUGAUGUUGGAAUAUCCCUUGGAUGAGGCUGAAGUUUUGUUGAAACAAAAUAUGACCUCGGCGGUUUCGAACUUGAAAACUGUAGAGCAUGAUCAAGAUUUCUUAAGGGAUCAAAUUACCACCACCGAGGUGAAUAUGGCUCGUGUAUACAAUUGGGGUGUUAAGAAACGUCAGGCUGCAGCGAAAGCUGGUGCAGCUUCCACAUCCUCGUAAUGGUGAUUUUAGGCAUCCCCAUUGAUUCGUUCUCAACUCUUACUCUUUCAUAACCCUCUAUGCUUGGAUAUUUUAUCAUUCAUUCGAUUCUUGUUACAAUAACUAGCUGCAUUGACACUCUUCGCUGGAACUUGGAAUUUCUUCCUAACAAAAAUCAACAAUUAACCGAUACACGCAAUGAUAUACAUACAUACAUACAUAUAUAAACUUUUUGCUUCAUGAAUUCGUCUCGGAACAAGUCAAUCGAUUGAACUUGUUUGGCAUUAUUUUUUUUUAUUUAUUUGUUUAUAAAAAUUAUUCAAUUAUAAAUUGAACUAAACUAACAACCGAAGAGUGUGCAUGUAUUAGCUGUGCGAUCGUUGUGCAUUUACAGCAGUUUGGCGCAAAGGCGGAAUUUCACAAAGAAAUAAAACCAACCAAUUGAUAAUUAAAUCACUAAAAAGAAA